ACUGAGAAGAAGGUGUAUAUGUCCUUCCUGUUUGACGGUGUCUGGUAUUAAAAACCAUAGACGUCAAAGAACAUGUCCGGUUAAUCAGAGUGCCCGGUGUUGUGUGACAUGUCGCUGGCUGCUGCUGGAGUGUCACUGAGGUGUGUUAGAGUCCUGUCUGCUCACUGCGCUGUGGUCCCAUCGUGUCUCAGCGCUGCAGGAUGUAACAGAGGUCUGCAGCUUUUGGAGCCCGGUGCUGGAGACGUCAGUCUGAUUCAGAGCAGAACGCACAGCCGCAUGCAGCACAGCAGCGCAGGGAAGCUUGUGCGGAAUGGAGAGAAUAAGAAAGCAGUGGUGAGUCUCCCCCAUAUGAUCUGUGUUGAGGGGAACAUUGCCAGUGGGAAGACAACGUGUCUGGAGUAUUUCAGCAAAACUAGCAAUAUAGAGGUCCUUACAGAACCCAUCUCUAAAUGGAGGAAUGUCCGUGGACACAACCCUCUGGCACUGAUGUACCAGGAUCCUGAGCGCUGGGGCAUCACCCUGCAGACCUACAUUCAACUCACCAUGCUGGAUCGUCACUUGUCAUCCAUAACGGCUCCUGUCAGGAUGAUGGAGCGGUCCCUCUUCAGUGCCAAGUACAUCUUUGUGGAUAAUCUCUUCAGAAGUGGAAAAAUGCCAGAAGUGGACUACGCUGUUCUCAGCGAGUGGUUUGAUUGGAUCACAACUAAUAUUUCCAUUCCUGUUGAUCUGAUUGAUGUCCGAUUUGUCUUGUCUCAUCUGUCAAGAACUUCGGCCCCCUUCAUCUACCUGCAGACGUCUCCUCAGACCUGCCACGAGAGGUUAAAGCAGAGAUGCAGAGAGGAGGAGAAAGUCAUUCCACUGGAAUAUCUGGAGUCUAUCCACCAGCUGUAUGAAGACUGGCUCAUCAAGGAGACCUCCUCUCCUCUUCCUGCUCCUGUUUUAGUGAUCCCUGCUGACCAUGAUCUCCAGAAGAUGCUGCAACAGUUUGAAGAAUAUCGUGACAAGAUCCUAGCUGCUAGUUGCAUCUGAUUCCUAAUCAUACAGACAAAACCAUAGUUACAUCUCUGAUCUGUUACAUUUAUUUAGGUUUUUCACAACUAUAGCUUAUAACUUAUUUAAGAAUCAGAUUAUUAAUUUUCAGCUAUGUAAAACAUUCUCUCCAAAAUGAUCAGCGAUAACAUUAAAAUCUGUUUGUUGUGGCUUACAAUAUGUGACAACUGGUUCUCACUAACAGGUUGGACAAGCUUCAGAAACAGAACUAACUUCAGUGCAAGUGAAACAUUCCAACUGAAUAUCAGUAUGUAAAUAGAACCUUUUAAAUCUUGAAACACUUCUAAGUGUCGAGGAAUGUUGCAUUUUUUAUAUAUAUAUAUAUAUAUAUAUAUAUAUAUAUAUAUAUAAACAUUUAGUGAAAAGUAAAAUCUACAAUCCCAAGUUUGAUUUUAAAUAUGUUUUGCUCUUUUAUGUUGAGCAGACUAGUUGAAGGACUUAAUGAGAAAAAAACGUGCGAUGUAUAGGUAUUUUUUAUCAAACUCUUUACACAUUUUAGGCACUCAUGAUUUUAAUAUAUACUAUUGCUCUCAACCAAACAAAAAGCAUAUAUAGCCAUUCUUUGUUUAACGAACAGUGACAAUAUAUUCGGUUUAUAUUAAAUUCUAAAGUUCAGUUGCUAAGGGUUGCUGCUAUUGGAGUCAUUUGGCUGUCCAUCAAAAGAAAAAUCCCCUUGAUCAAUAAUUGGACUGCACCAUGUUCCUCGUUAUCGUGGGGAGGGAAAUUGUUUCGUUAUUUUUGGUUGUUCAUUUUUGAUUACUGCUUUGAUAUUGAUGUUUAAUAAUUUUUUCCUUGGUGAAUAUUAUAUGGCAUCAUACUGACAUGUUUUGUGGCUGCUGUAGUUUGUUUAAAUGUUCAUAUGUCUUAGUCUGCCCCCCUUUGUGUUUGAGUGGCCUGAUCAGCCACUAUAUAUGUUUCCCCUGUGUCUAACUUCGGAAGGUCAGUUUGCGCUUUUAACUUGUCUUUAGUUGGUGCCUGAGUUUAGUUUUGUUAGGUUGACCUUUUAUGGGCCCAAAUUUGUUGUGAAGUAAUUUUUUUUCCUUUUUGUUAAUAAAAACAAACAACAUUUCUUUAA